AGGAUCUGCAGCAGCUCCCAGUUCCUCAUUUCUUUACCCUUCAGAUAAAAAGCUGAACUUUCCAGCUCAGCCCAUGCUAAAAAUCACCAUUUAACCCCUUCAUCUCCCGGCCCUCCCUCCAUCCCGUGGCUCUCCAGCCGGGAAAAUCCAUUUGGAGCCGUGGGAUGUUGAGUUUUGCCCUUCCCCCUGCCAGGGAUGGGAGCUGGAUCCCUUCCAGCUGCCAUCAGCACCCGGCCAGAUCUUUGUCCUUUGCCUCUCCUUAAUGCCCUGCCAAGGCCAGCCCUGGGGGGAAUGGAGCAGCCGAUCUUCAGCACCAGGGCUCACGUUUUCCAGAUCGACCCCGCCACCAAACGCAACUGGAUCCCGGCCAGCAAACACGCCCUGACCGUCUCCUACUUCUACGAUGCCACGCGCAGCGUCUACAGGAUCAUCAGCGUGGGGGGAACCAAGGCCAUCAUCAACAGCACCAUCACCCCCAACAUGACCUUCACCAAAACAUCCCAGAAAUUCGGGCAGUGGGCCGACAGCAGAGCCAACACCGUCUACGGGCUGGGCUUCGCCUCGGAGCAGCACCUGUCACAGUUUGCAGAGAAAUUCCAGGAGGUGAAGGAAGCAGCUCGUUUGGCCAGGGAGAAAUCCCAGGAUAAAACAGAGCUGACCAAUCCUGCCCUGAGCAUCACAUCCCACCAGGUUCUUCCCAGCCCCAUCAUCAGCUCCAAUGGGCCGGGAGAGGAUAAACUGUUCCGGAGCCAGAGCGCGGACGUGGAGAUCAGCACGGAGAAGGAGAGGCUGAAGAAGAUGCUCUCGGAGGGCUCUGUGAGUGAGGUGCAGUGGGAGGCCGAGUUCUUCAGCCUCCAGGACAACAACAACAAGCUGGUGGCCGCUCUGCACGAGGCCAACGCCAACGUGGACCAGUGGAAGAAGCAGCUGCUGGCGUACCAGGAGGAGACGGAAUCGCUGCGCCAGCGGGUGGCAGAGCUGGAGUCGCAGGGGACGCAGGAUUCCUCCAGCGACAACAACAAGGAGGAGCUGAGCCAGACCCUGGAGGAGCUGGAGCUGCUGCUCAAGGCUAAGGAUGAGGAGAUCCAGAUGCUGAAGAGCCAGAAGUGCGGCCGCUGGGAGGCCGAGGGGGAGCGCGAGGAGACGCUGCAGAAGCUGCAGGAGCUGGAGGCCCGGAACGCGGAGCUGGAGCAGCGCCUUCACCUGGCUGAGCAGACCCUGGCAGAGAGCCUGGCCGAGAGGGAGAAGAUCCACAGCGAGGUCACCAAGGUGGCUGAGAUCAUGGAUGUGAAGAUCUUCGAGCUCAGCGAGCUCAGGCAGGGGCUGGCCAAGCUGGUGGAGAGCAACUGAGCAGCUCCAGAGGUGGAGGAGCCCCCUGGAGCAGGGGCAGCCCCAGCUGGGCCCGGGCACCGAGAGCUCCUGUGGGCACGGAGCGGCCUCAGCGCCCGGCCGGGCAGGAUUUGCCACCCCACCAGCAGCUGCCUGCACAGAGUGGACACCAGAGCAGCCACUCGCUGCCCAGCCAGCCCCCAGAGCAGGGCACAGAGGACUGGAGCUCCUGAACUCUCUCCAGGGAGCACACAAAUCCUCUGCAGGGAGCACCUGAAUCCAAAAAUCCUCUCCAGAGAGCACCUGAACCCCCAAAUCCUCGCCAGGGAGCACCUGGACCCCCAAAUCCUCUCCAGGGAGCACCCAAAUCCUCUCCAGAGAGCACCUGAACCCCCAAAUCCUCUCUAGAGAGCACCCAAAUCCUCUCCAGGGAGCACCCAAAUCCUCUCCAGGGAGCACCUGGACCCCCAAAUCCUCUCCAGAGAGCACCUGAACCCCCAAAUCCUCUCCAGGGAGCACCUGAAUCCAAAAAUACUCUCCAGGGAGCACCCAAAUUCUCUCCAGGGAGCCCCUGAAGUUCCUAAAUCCUCUCUAGAGAGCACCAGAACCCCCAAAUCCUCUGCAGGGAGCACCUGAAGUCCCCAAAUCCUCUCCAGGGAGAACCUGAACCCCCAAAUCCUCUCCAGGGAGCACCUGAAUCCAAAAAUCCUCUCCAGGGAGCACCCAAAUCUUCUCCAUGGAGCACCUGAACCCCCAAAUCCUCUCCAGGGAGCACCCAAAUCUUCUCCAUGGAGCACCUGAACCCCCAAAUCCUCUCCAGGGAACACCUGAACCCCCAAAUUCUCUGCAGGGAGCACCUGAACCCCCAAAUCCUCUGCAGGGAGCAUCUGAAUCCAAAAAUCCUCUCCAGGGAGCACCUGAAUCCAAAAAUCCUCUCCAGGGAGCACCUGAACCCCCAAAUCCUCUGCAGGGAGCACCUGAACCCCCAAAUCCUCUGCAGGGAGCACCCAAAUCCUCUCCAGGGAGCACCUGAAUACAAAAAUCCUCUCCAGGGAGCACCUGAACCCCCAAAUCCUCUCCAGGGAGCACCUGAACCCCCAAAUCCUCUCUAGAGAGCACCUGAACCCCCAAAUCCUCUCCAGGGAGCACCUGAACCCCCAAAUUCUCUCCAGAGAGCACCCAAAUCCUCUCCAGGGAGCACCUGAACCCCCAAAUCCACUCCAGGGAGCACCUGAAUCCAAAAAUACUCUCCAGGGAGCACCCAAAUCC